CCAGGAGGGAGUCAGAGUCUACUGAAGUCCAUCACCGCCGCUGUGCGCUCCUCUCUCUGGAUGGACCUGUCCUCUAUCUUUAUACCCGUGGACUGAAUCAGCGGUUUGCCACCGCGGGAUGGUUAUUUACGCGCUUGAAACGCAUGGAAUAAAGUAAAAAGACGCCUAAAUUAUCUAAUAAUGAGGUCCCCCUGGGUCGUUUGUGCCUCAUAUCUAAUCUUCCUCCCCUUUACAGUGUGGAGCAAGCCUGCCAUCUUCCCUGUUGGGCCUCACACCGUGGUUCCCAAGGGGGGUAAGCUGGAGCUGCGUUGCCAUGACAACGCCACAGCAUCAGGUCCCCCGUUCACAUUGAGGUGGCAGAGGGAAAAGAAUCGCAGGCUGGACGGGGAGGUGCAGGAGGGAAGGACAGCGUCUCUUAAAAUUUCAGAGGUUAAGGGCCACCACAUGGGUCUGUAUGUUUGUGUUAACAACAGCACCUUGGAGCACAGCUCGAUUUAUGUUUAUGUAAAAGACCCUCAGAAUGCUUUUCAGCCCAAAAUGGUGAACAACAUGCAGGUGCGGACCGGUCAGGACCUCAUCAUCCCUUGUCUUGCGACCGACCCAAAGGUCACCAACCUGGCUUUGGAGACCUGCGAUGGAAAACGUUUACCCUCAGGAAUGACUUACAGCGGCCACCGACAGCGAGGGGUCAUCAUCAACAAUGCCACCAAGGAGUUUGAGGGUUGUUACAGAUGUGUGGGACAGCUGGGUGGAUUCAAGGUCAUGUCCAGCUCGUAUUUCGUGGACGUUCAACCGGUCGCAGAAUCGCCUCCAGUGAUCAGCCUCUCCCAAAACGGCACCAUCAUCCUGAAAACAGGGGAACCAUUUGAGCUUACCUGCAGCUCCAGCAAUGUCAACUCAGACUUCAGUCUUAGAUGGGAUUUCCCUUCAGGAGCGCUUCCCAAAGAGACCUGGACGUCAAACAUCCUGCAGAGCUUUAAGGGGUAUGUUCGUUCAGCCUUACUUGAAAUCGCCGCCGUCAGCCAUUCAGAUUCUGGAAUCUACCGCUGCCACGGCCACAACGAAAAAGGCCACAAUGAAGCAACAGUGAAGCUGGACAUCCGUGAUAAGGGCUUCAUUGCCGUGUUUGGAGGUCCUAGUCCAGUCAAAGCAGAUGUUAAAGAAGGGGAGAGCCUGACCCUCAGAGUGGAGUUUGACGCCUAUCCUGCACCGCGCUCCAUGUCCUGGUCUUACAACGGGAAGCAUCUCCUCAACACCACAGAACAUGUCAUCACCGUCCGCCGCCAUAAAUAUAGGUUCAUCAGCCAGCUGAGACUAGUGAGGGUCCUCAGCUCUGAGGGCGGGAUCUACACCUUCUCAGCCAGUCAUGGAGAUGCAUCCGCUGACCAGUUAUUUCACGUAUAUGUUAACAGUAAGCCUGUUAUCAUUGCCCAGGAGGGACCAGUGGAUGGUCAGGUCCGCUGCAUCGCCGCCGGUUAUCCAGUGCCUAAAAUUAGCUGGUACCUCUGUGAACUGCCCAGCAAAAGGUGCUCCCACCUGCCCAACGCCACCCAAUGGGAGAGCCCAGAGGUAGCCGUACUUUCAGAUUCAGCCUUUGGCCGGAGUGAGGUGGAGAGCCGCGUGAAUAUCAGCAGCGAGCACGCUCAGUACCACACUCUGGAGUGUGUGGCUUCAACAGAGGGAGAAGAGGCAUACACUCUGUUCUCCAUCGGUGAACGCAUUGUCCCCCAUAAACUCUUCACACCUCUCCUAACUGGCAUGGUGGCUACCGGCGUCUUCCUCAGCCUCAUUCUAGUGGUGCUUUUCUAUAAGUACAUGCAGAAACCAAAGUUCCAGAUUCAGUGGAAGGUCAUUGAGAGCAUUAACGGAAACAACUACAUCUACAUUGACCCCCUCCAGCUGCCAUAUGACCUGAAAUGGGAGUUUCCUCGACAGAAGCUUCGCUUUGGUAAAACCCUGGGCUCUGGGGCGUUUGGAAAGGUGGUGAGGGCCACUGCAUAUGGACUUUGCUCUGCAGAUACUGUCACAACCGUUGCUGUUAAGAUGCUAAAACCUAAUGCACAUUCCACGGAGAAGGAGGCACUGAUGUCUGAGCUGAAGGUUCUUAGUUAUCUUGGAAACCACGUGAACAUCGUUAACCUGCUGGGAGCCUGCACUGUUGGAGGCCCAAUUUUGGUGAUCACAGAGUACUGUUGCUAUGGUGACCUGCUCAACUUCCUUCGAAGAAAAAGAGAGUCGUUCCUGAGCUCCCAGGAUGGUGAUGGUUACUAUCGCAACGUUUCAAAGCAGUCGGAGCCGACAAGCAGGGAUGCAACUGGUACAGGAUACAUCCCUAUGCGUCCUUCUGAGAAAGAAAGAUCCUCCCAGUCAGAUUACAUAGAAGAACUCUCUCUGGAUGCUGAAGACCUCCUCAGCUUUUCCUACCAGGUUGCUAAAGGAAUGGAGUACAUUACCUCCAAGAAUUGUAUUCACAGGGAUCUAGCAGCCAGAAACGUUCUGCUGACUCAUGGCAGGGUGGCGAAGAUCUGUGACUUCGGCCUGGCCCGUGACAUCACCACUGACGCUAGUUAUGUGCUCCGGGGAAACGCUCGCCUGCCUGUUAAGUGGAUGUCCCCUGAGAGCAUUUUCGACUGCGUCUACACCUUCGAGAGCGACGUGUGGUCGUACGGGAUCCUGCUCUGGGAAAUCUUCUCUCUGGGAAAUAGCCCAUACCCAGGGAUGCAGGUGGGAUCUGCCUUUUAUAAGAUGAUUCAAGACGGCCGUAGGAUGAGCAGGCCGGAGUUUGCUCCCAUCGAGAUGUAUGACAUGAUGCUGUCCUGCUGGAACCAAGACCCUCUGAAAAGACCUUCCUUUAGAAAACUGGUGGAGAGAACCGAACUGCUGCUGUCAGAGAACACCAAGAACGUGUACCUGACGCUAAGCAACGCUCCAAAUGGUGGUGAACAGCAGAGGGCGCCGUCGCGGAGGCUUAGCUCUGCAUGCAGCACCACGGCUCCCACCCAGCCGUUACUGCAGAGCACAGCCGACGUCUUCCUCGACUACAUCUGACACACACACCUACAUAUAAACUCACUGCUACUUCUAACACCAGAGAAACUUCACCACAUCCAGAACACCUGCAGACUAAUUCUUAAAAACCGGCCAUCUUGCAUCAUAAACAUACACUCCUACUGUGUAUAUAUAAGCCUUCAGUGGGCUCUAAGCCUCUAAUUACUCAUCCUAUCAGUGUAUUGAUUGUCGUUGUAGUUAUUUCAGGUGCAUGUCUAUAAAAAGCAGACUGCAGCACUAAAAGAACAUUGGAUACUUCAUCACCCAGCAACACUGGGAGGUCAUUUGGCUCACAUUCAGCCUUACAUUACAUCUUAAGAUACUUUGACUGAAAGUACAUGUGUGACUGAGGAGUGAUUACGUUAGACUAAAGAACAGAUAGGGCACUGCUGACUACAAGUGAUGUUUUUUUGUCAGAGAUUUGUUACAAUUUGUACAGAAUCAGUAGAUUUAGGCAGAUAUUCUAGUGGUGGGAUCAGUGAAAAUCACUAAGGUGGUUUCAGAAUUCUUGUUGCUGUCUAGACAAAAAUAUUUGCCAAGAUAUCCAACCUUAGUCCAGUUAUUGUCACAGGAUUUGUGAGAGAUUAUUUUUCACCAGGCCUUUGCAUACAGAUCCUGUUCUGUACAAGGCAGAUGUUGUCCUUGGAGAGAAGCCAGUGAGCCCUAGAGGAGAACAUUGGCGUUUAGGCGGUGAUCCCCAAUGACAGUCAUGUAAGCCACACGUUGCAGUGCCUUUCAAAAGUAUUCUUUGUCCUUUAACUUUCUUUCAGCUGUGGUCAUGUUAGAAACACAAACUUUUAUCAACUUUAUUGCAAUUUUAUAGAUAUAAUUAAAAGAGCAUGGUUUAAAUGGUGCAUUUCCUCCUCUUUCUCCUUUCUGGUUUCGACAAGAGACUGAAAUCUUUUUCCAUUCUCAGUUUGUUUUUUUAUUCACACACUUAAAUCCAUUCAGAUUAAAAAUUUUAUUAAACCUUGGUCCUCUAGCUAUUUUGAUCUUUUGGAGCCUCGUAGUUUUGUUUUUCUCCAGGAUUGCUCUGUUUUUACCCCAAGCCAUCUGCCUGUCAACUUAAACAAACCACUAACAUAAAGAAAUAAAAAACUUUUCCACAGCAUGAUGCUACCAUACCUUUGUGAUGGAUGAUGGAUGAUGUGCAGGGAUAGUUUUCUAGAGUUUUGCAUACAGGCCUGAAAUUUUCCGGUCAGGUCUCAUCAUACCAGACUUCUCCUGCUUGGCAGCUAUCAUGGGGCUCUGGUUCGCUUCUCUAAAUGAGCAAUCUCUUAUCCUGGCCGCUCAUUUUUGACCAUCUUUGUUCUUCUGGGUUUGUAGUUGUGUCAUACCAUUCUGUAUUCAGAAUGGAUAGAAACUGAACUUUGUGACAAAAUCAAAGCUCUGGAUUCUGUUUUUUCUUUUUUUUUUUUAAACCUAACCCUGCUUUAACCUUCUCCAAAUCUUGAUUAGACUUGCCUACUACAGUCCUAGAUCGUCAUAAUGUCUCUCGCUAACAUUCUCUUACGAGCCUCACAGAGCAUCUACCGUAGAUUUAUUUUGAGCUUAAAUUACAAAAAGUUGGUCUAUUUGGCAGGUAGCUGGUAUUUAAUUAGGAGUAAAAGUGUAAAGAAGGCUAAUUAUAACAGCAACAUUUUCCAGAUUCUUCAUCUUAGUCUUUCACAUAAAAUACUCUGAAGCGACACUAAAGUAACAAAAAUGUGAUAAAGUUCAACGGAUACAAGUACUUUGACAAGUUCAUCACGGAUUCCUGCCUAUGUGUUAAAGCUUCAAAUACUGUGACCUAAUCUUCAAUUAUUGUAUGUAUAUCCAAAAUUAAUUUCAGGAGUAAAGGCUGAGGAUUUAGUGUGCUUUAUGUUGUAAAAUGUGUAUGCAAUGUAAAUAAAAUAGAGAUGUGCCUUUAGUUUUGUUUUUGGUUUUUAACGUAAUGUAUUCUAUCCUGACUGUUAGUGUUGAGGCAAUAAGCAGAUUUCCUCUGCACUCUGUUUUUUGAGAUCAUUGAAGUUUUGAUACGGUUGGUUGAAUUGUGAUAAUAAAGAAAGCAUCUGUGAUGGUUGAACAAAGCCCACAGUCCGU